AUGUCUACGCUUUCGGCUACGAAUAAAUACGCUAGUAUCAAGUAUAUGAAGCCACUUUACGAGAAGCAUUGCAUAACCACGCGUACCCCGUCGCCACCGGGUGCCGCGCAGUCGCCGCCGCUACGCUUCGAGCGCAGCGCGCAACAGAUGUCGCCGCCCGUACACGGCAUAAAGCACACAUCCCAGAUACGUUCCCUUAUCGAUCACCGCGUCCACGGAACUGCGUUAUACUAC